AUGGGCCACAACUGCUUUUCUCGCCUUAGACAGGUUGUUGCAGGAAACACUCAGGAGGAAUUUCAAAAAUAUUUUGAAGCUCUAAAAGUAGAUCCAUACUAUGCUCCAGCAUAUUAUAACCUUGGUGUUGUCUACACUGUCCAGAGUAAGAUGGACGCCGCGGCAAGUAUGAUUGAGAAAGCUAUCAUUACAAAUCUGACAUAUGCAGAGGCCUACAAUAACCUAGGAGUUCUUUACAGAGAUGUUGGUGAUAUUGCUCUAGCAAAUAAUGCUUAUGAACAACGUCUCAAGAUUGAUCCCAACUCUCGAAAUGCUGGCCAGAACCGCCUGCUUGUAAUGAAUUACAUAGAUGAAGGAAAUGAUGACAAACUUUUCGAAGCUCAUAGGGACUGGGGUAGGCGGUUUAUGAGACUAUAUCAACCAUUCACAUCAUGGAACAACUCAAAAGAUCCCGAAGGUUUCAAGAAACACUAUGCCACGGUACAAGUUGAACUAACUGAUGAAUGUACCCUAUAA